GAGAGAGAGAGAGAGAGAGACAUGCACUACAUAUAUAUAUAAUUUUAGAGAGAGAGGAAGAGAUUAGAAAAGUACUUGUCGGCUUCAACCAGGCAAAGACCAUCCAUCUCCCAUCUUUCUCUCUCUAGAAUUCUUUUUAUUCUUCUUAAAUCCCCAAAUUGUUUUUGGAAUAUUUUUAUUAGCUGAAAUUUUUCUGAAAUUAAGCGUGGGAUUUGAUUUUGUGCUGCUUUUUAGUGGAAGAGAUGGUUCGGGAUAAUUUUGGGGUUAAAUAUGGAAACGGCGUAUUUCCGUAGGAUUUCGGUGCUGCAAAUCAAAUUCGUGGUGGAGAAACAGCCGCUCUUUUGAGAAAGAUCCAGAAUUUAGGUGUAUAAUGAUAAGCUUUGUCUAACGGUGGAAGGGUCAUGCGUUUUGGGUGAUUACUGCAUAGAGAAAUUGUGGAUAAGGCAAACUUUUUUGCAUUUCGGUCCAUAAAGGCAAGAUCUUAAGGAGCAUUCAAGGGCAAUACUAAUCUGGGCAGAACGGAGAUUUGCUCUUUAAUUGAAAGAAAUUAUCAAUUAUAGCUUUGGAACUCAGUGGAUAUUGAGUUGGUUUUCUCAUGGCACACCUUGCUGCAAAUCAUUGUGGCGGAGGAUCUCCUCCAGGGACCCCAAAUGAUGCUUUAUAUAAAGAACUCUGGCAUGCCUGUGCUGGACCCCUUGUUACCCUUCCACGUCAAGGGGAGCGAGUUUAUUACUUCCCACAAGGUCACAUGGAACAGCUUGAAGCAUCAACACAACAAGGACUUGACCAGCAGCUUCCUUCGUUCAACUUACCAGCUAAAAUUCUUUGCAAAGUGAUGUACGUCCAUCUUCGGGCUGAACCGGAAACAGAUGAGGUAUACGCACAGAUAACUCUGGUACCUGAACAGCAAACUGAGAUCACAAGCCCAGACCCCCCUCCGCCAGAACCUCAACGAAGCACUGUACACUCAUUCUGUAAGACUCUCACUGCAUCUGAUACAAGCACCCACGGUGGGUUCUCUGUUUUACGUAGGCAUGCAGAUGAUUGCUUGCCUCAAUUAGAUAUGUCCCAGCAGCCACCAUGGCAGGAAUUGGCUGCCACGGAUCUUCAUGGUCAUGAAUGGCAUUUCCGUCACAUUUUCAGAGGUCAACCUAGGCGCCACUUGUUGACAACUGGAUGGAGUGUCUUUGUUAGUACCAAAAAGUUAGUUGCAGGAGAUGCUUUUAUUUUCUUAAGAGGAGAAAAUGGGGAGCUUCGAGUUGGAGUACGUAGGCUUAUGAAACAUCUAAAUAAUAUGCCGUCUUCUGUUAUAUCAAGUCAUAGCAUGCAUCUAGGUGUUCUUGCUACUGCAUCGCAUGCUAUCUCUACUGGGACCCUCUUUUCAGUCUACUAUAAACCAAGGACAAGUCGAUCUGAAUUCAUUGUAAGUGUAAACAAGUAUCUUGAAGCUCGAAGUCACAAGCUCUCAGUUGGGAUGAGGUUUAAGAUGAGAUUUGAGGGUGAAGAGGUUCCAGAAAGAAGGUUCAGUGGGACAAUUGUUGGCCUUGAGGAUAAUGAUUCAUCUAGGUGGCCUGAUUCAGAAUGGAGAUCUUUGAAGGUUCAAUGGGAUGAACCUGCCUCAGUUUUGCGUCCAGAUAGAGUUUCACCAUGGGAGAUAGAACCAUUUGUUGCAACAACUCCACCUAACUCCCAGCCCCCACAAAGGAAUAAGCGGGCACGACCCCCCAUUUUGCCUUCGCCAAUGCAAGAUCUUUCUUCGCUUGGUAUGUGGAAAUCGCCAGCGGACUCUUCUUCAGCAUUCUCCUGUUGUGAUCCAUCACGUGGACGAGAUGUCCAUCAAUCACCUAGAUUUAGUUCUGGUACCAGAGUCAGCAAUCUGAGUUACAAUGAGAUCAUGCCACCAGUUUCUAGCAAUUUGAUUUACCGGUCUAAUCAAGUAGAAAAUGCUAUAGAGUCAUUUACACCAGUUAGUGAAAAGAGACAGGCCAAUGGCUGCAGACUUUUUGGGAUUGAGCUGCGUGACAGCUCAACAGUUGAAGACACUGCACUGGCAGUUGUGUCUGGAGUUGCGAAAGAGGAUUCUCUAAUUCCAGCCUUAGGUGAUGAAUCUGAAAAAAAUUCUGAGCCAUCGAACCAUAAUCCAUCUGAUGUUCCUUUAGAAAGUUUUGAGCCUGAAAAGUCAUGCACGAGAUCUCCCCACGAGCCAAAAAGCAGGCAAAUUCGAAGCUGCACCAAGGUUCAUAUGCAAGGCAUUGCGGUUGGAAGGGCAGUUGAUCUGACCAAGUUUGAUGGCUAUGAUGAUCUUCUCAAGAAAUUUGAAACGAUGUUUGAGAUUGAAGGGGAACUCUGUGGGUCAAGAAAGAAAUGGAAGGUUGUCUACACAGAUGACGAGGAUGACAUGAUGAUGGUUGGAGAUGAUCCAUGGCACGAAUUCUGCACCAUCGUGAGGAAAAUUUACAUCUAUACAAUUGAGGAAGCCAAGAAGCUUUCACCCAAGAUAAAGCUUCCCCUCCCUGAAGUGAAACCUGGCAAGCUGGUUGCUGAUGCUGCUAUCAGCUCUGAAGAACAAUCCUCGACUAUGGGGUCUGACUACUGAUGCCUGCUGUCCGUCUUUAGCUACAAUAAAAUUAAAAAUGUUCGAGAAAAAAUCAAGAGAAAUGGAAGACAAAGUUGACAAUGACUUGAUAUUUUAUUUAGCAGCCAGUUAAGGUGUGCAUGAGAUUGCGAAGAGUAUGCUGGUGAGACAACUGGAAGGUUUUUUCUUUCUCGUAUGUUUGCUAGGGACAGCUUCUGUGUGUGUGUGUGUGUGUGUUUUAUUUGUUUGUCAAGGGAAUCUUUUGAUGCUUGCUCGUUUGGAUCACUUAUAUAGCUUGAAGAAAUCUGUGAUGAGAAGGAUACUCUCAGUCACUUGGUUUUUAUUUUAUGUGCCUCGAGUUUAUUGACAUGUCCCCGAAAUGGCUUCUGUAUAUAAAUAUAUAUUUCUUUUGGUA